AAUCACACUCUAAACCUUAGUUUAAAGUGUCAAGUGAAAUGCUGGUUAAAUUUUGGACUCUAAUUGUUUAUUUUACAGUCUCCAUUUUUUAAUUAACACUUAUCGAUGUCCUCUUUCAGGCACGCACAAAAUGUGGCCUUUGAAAAGUCCGAUUUGUUCUUCGUCUGCCUAUUAAGGCCCCUGUCAAAACAUAUCAAGGUUGAUGAUCUAGAAAUUAAGGCUGCUAAGUGGAUGCCUCUAGCUGAGUUUGUGGAGCAGCCCCUAAUACAAGGUGAUGACAUGUUCAAGAAAAUAAUUGACAUUUUUAUCGCUCGACUAGGGAAGCGUUACUGCGGAUUGUCUGUCCAUCAACUGGUUUCCAAAUUUGAUGACAAACUUUCCACAUUGUACUUCAACACAGUUGAUGAUCCAGAUUUGAACUGUGAAGCUAGUUAGCAUCACAAUCAGCAUAGAUAUUACACUUCACCACUCACAAUGACUAACAUCAGUUAGUCGUAUAUGUAAUCUGCUGUAAUCUGC